GAGCCGACGGGCCCGGGCCGCGAGGAUGAAGGAGGCGAAGCCCGAGCGGGAGCGGAGGCAGCGGCGGCGACGCCGGCGACGGCGGGAAGACGAGGACGAGCCGGGGGAAGCGGCGGGGAACGAAGUGCUAGUGCCGGAUCUGUCGCUGGUGAAGCAGGAACGGCGUAGCCCGACUCCCGCUUCUCGCUCUCACCGGCCCCGGUCCCGGGCCCGGCGCGGCUCCUCGGGAAGUCCGAGUCCAGCGCCUGACGAGGAGGCUUCGCUGCCGCCCCCGGCGCCGGCCCCGCGAGCUCGCAGCGCUCGCGCCUCUGGGGACCGCGCCGGCAGCUGCAGCAGGUCACCAACCAAAAGGAAAAAUAAAUCCUUUGGAAGAAGAAGCAGAUCUCGGAGUAAGAGAAGCCGUAGCCCUCACCAUCCUGUAGUCAAGGUGAAGCAGGAACGUGAAAACCAUCCCCGAAGAGGAAGAGAAGAAAGGCAACACAGAGAACAGUCAGAUCAAGAACAUAGGCGGGAGAGAAAUGGUGACCGGGACAGACACCAUAGCCAUUCUAACCAGAGGAAAACCACCAGUGAGAGACCUAGUGGUGGGCGGAACCGAGAUGCCCAGAAUCUACAGGAACAGGAAGAGGAAAGAGAGUUUUAUAACUCUCGGCGACGGGAACGUCGCCAGAAGAAAGAUGUUCGUGGUAGCAGUGAUGAGAACCAGGAAAUUGUUCCUCAAUCUACUGGUGGCCACAGUAAAGGAAAAGACUCACCAAAUAAAGAGAAACCCAGCUUUGAACUGUCAGGGGCACUUCUUGAGGAUGCCAACAUGUUCCGGGGUGUGGUGAUAAAAUACAGUGAGCCUCCAGAAGCCCGGAUCCCAAAAAAACGCUGGCGCCUUUAUCCCUUUAAGAAUGAUGAGGUGCUCCCAGUCAUGUAUAUCCACAGACAAAGUGCUUAUCUCCUGGGCCGACACCGGAGAAUCGCAGAUAUUCCUAUUGACCACCCCUCCUGUUCCAAGCAGCAUGCAGUAUUUCAGUAUCGGCUUGUAGAAUAUACCCGUGCUGAUGGAACAGUUGGCCGAAGGGUAAGGCCAUAUAUCAUCGACCUUGGCUCUGGCAAUGGGACCUUCCUGAACAACCAGCGCAUUGAGCCACAGCGUUACUAUGAACUAAAGGAGAAAGAUGUUCUAAAAUUUGGGUUCAGCAGCAGAGAGUAUGUACUGCUCCAUGAGUCUUCAGACACCUCUGAGGUAGAUAGGAAAGAAGAUGAAGAUGAGGAGGAAGAGGAAAUAUCUGACAGCUAGCAAAAUCAGAAGAAGCUCUUGUAGCUGCUAAGAGAAUUUUUC